GCAUAAUAAAGUGACGAAUCACAGGAGGAGUGGACUUGAGCGCAACAUGACCUUAACGGGGCGUGUUUGAGUGUGUGUCUGGAGCGAAAUCUCGAGCGUACUCACGCCUGCCUCAGGGGUGAAUGCUACUAGACACAAAUGAGACUAAAGAGCUUCAUUACCACAAGUGAAAUGCAAAAACAUGAUCUUGCCUUGUUGCUCCGCGGCGUAGGAGAGCGAACGCUGCCGCUACGCAGAUGACGGACUUCAUGACUUCAACCCCGUUGAUCCUCGUCCAGCUCACAUGCCACAGAGACCUGCGAGCGAAAGGCAUCCAGCUCCAGUCGACCUGUAAUCUGUGCCGAGAGAGCCACAAACCUCAGGUGUGGCUUUGUGUCUUAGUUGUAAGCUUCCUGAGUAUUUCUACAUGUGCUGCUAUUAAACCUGAGAGAGAAUUAAAAAGAUGUGUGAUGGGACUGCAUGACAAUAUUAAGAAAUCUGACGCUGAACUGUAUGCUCCUUCACUUGAUGAAAUUAACGAGAACUGUGACAAUGAGAUGCUCAGAUGUUACAUUUUGGAGUUGAUGAUGGCCAUCAACGAAGCAGAACUACAAGCAGAAGUAGAAGCAGAAGUUUUUGGAACCAAAGAACGAUGCAUCUUUGAUUAUUUCCAUCUGUAUUAUUUCAGUGAAACUCUGCAUAACUCUGGUGACUGUCGACCAUGUGAAGCAUACAGUCUUCAAAAUAUUACAAUAUUCCUGGAGAGACUAAAUAACCUUUUGGAAAAAAUGAGUUCACAAGGGACAACGUAAUAUGUACUGUAAGCUACAAUUGUGUAUUUGUAUAUAUUUAUAUAUUGUAAAGAACUGUGGAUCUUGUUUUUGUAAGUAUCAUAUUGUGACUAUGCCAACCUAUGCCAAACCGUGCCGUCCUUAAAGCCAUAUUAAAUGUUAUGUAUUAUUUUAUUAAAAAUAAGCUGCACCAUGCUAAAUUUGAUAUGUAAUAAGAAUUUAAAGGUAUAGGAUGACAAUACUAUAUCUAAGGCCUUUGUUUGUUUUUAAACUGUACAGAUGAAGUGUUUCAGUCACUCUGUGUCACACUUUGCCAUUUGUACAGUUUUGAGAAACUAUCAAAAAGUAGCAUACAGUAGCAUCAGGCACUGUAUAUACAGAAUGUAUAGUAUCACUAAGCUAAGCUAACACUACUAAAUAUAAUACCUGUGAUACAGUAUAUGCCUGAUGUACUCCGGUUUCUUCACUGUCUCUAUCUGUUCAGGCCAGUAAAUAGUUUCCCUAUGUAAAGUCUGUCAUUUUAUUUGUUGUUGUUGUUUUUUAAAGGGGCUCUGUGGAGUGUUUUUCUUUCUGCUAAGGAAGUCCAGUUUGACUAACUGGUUACCCCUCAAAUAAAUGAAGCAGCUACAUUGAUGGGGGCCUGUUGUCUAUGGUGAUAGUAUGCUGUUACAUAUUUUCCUGUAAAAAAACAAACAAAACAAACAAACAAACAAACAAAAAACAGUAAACAAGUGGCAGCAGGGUUGCCACCAUAUUACUGUUUAAUUAACAUUAUUUUACUUUCACAAAAAUGUAUAGUUUUGUACUGCUAAUGAAAACUACAGUAUGAAAUUUUAAAAGAAUAUUUUUCACAGUAUUUUGCACUUGACUGACUUGUUUAAAAUUACAUAGCUGUUUUUAGUAUCUUACAGUUGACUGAUCUGUUUUAAUGCACUAUUUAGUUU